UUGGGACAAUUCUGGGCUCAAUUUCGCAAAAUAGGCCAAUCCAUUUCAAGUUCUGCAUAUGCUGCUCUAUCCGCCCCGUUCGGUCCGCAGUCUUGAUUCCAAUCUGGAUCUCAUCACCCUAUAUUCAUUUCAACCCCCAAUCUCACUGCCUCCUUCGCUAUCCUUGUCGAUAUUGUACAUGUCUGCUAUUACAAUGCCCCUCGUCGUUUCCUUGCGCUGCUUCCUCCUCCGCAUCACUCGCACGAUCUGGAAUGGCCAUGUUCCUUUUCUUUUUUUGUGCGUUUUCUUCUUUGCCGUAUUGCCAACCUCUUUUUCGGGUCUAUGAUGCUCAAUUUCCUCCCCACCAAAAAGAAGAAAAAAACCAUAAAAACUGAUGA